ACCACUUAUCUGUAUUACACUAUACCAGCUUCGAAAGUGGCAGCUGAUCCGGAAAGCUUGCCCAAGUCGGCAGCCAGGGGCCCACAAAGCGGCUCCNCUGUUGUCGAAGCAUACGUAGGCGGACGUUACGCUCACGGUGCAAGAACCUGGACCAAAUUGGCAUCAGCCGCAAGUCCUGUGACCCGACCUGAUCUGCAAAGGCUAGACACUGGAAUUCAACUACUUCUCAACUGUCGGAAACAGACGUUUUGGAGGAACUACGGGUAA